AUGGACGAAAAAAUAUUAAACAAGUACAUCACGAAGAACAGCAUAAACAACAUCCCAUAUAGCAACUUCUUCGUCACGUACAAGAGAAAACUGCAGGAGGAAGAGGAGUACCCCAGUAGGAACAUCUUUGGUCAUGUGAAAAAACGAGCCAAAGUAUCACUAUAUGAUAAUUUCAAAUCGCUGAAGAAGAAAACGUUAUGUGAAGAUGAAGUCUGCAUAGACCACUUUAAGGACAUGCGAAAGUACAUCAAUCAAGUAAAAGAGUUAAGAAGCAUUUAUAACUUUCUCUUCAGUGACCAUUUAACCAACGAACAUGAUAUUUUGCACGUGAGCAAAAAAUUAUGUACCAUUGAAUGCAAUGGAAUUAUCGAUAAGAACAUCUGUUUUGAGGGUUCUGAGGAGAAGCGUAGUAAGGGGCUAUACAGUUAUGGCAAGAGGGAAGUGAAAGUCGCCAGCAACGCGCUCAUAAGGAAGAAGGGGGUGGGUGAAAUGGAGGCGCACGGAGUGGCCUUGGGGGAAAAGAGUGCAGACUGGAGAAUAGGUAGCGGGACGAGAUGCCCCGAAAGCAGGAAAAAUAUUCACAUCGUUAACGGUAUUAGCAGCAUUGAUAAUUACCACAUUGGGCGUGAGGAGAACUUAGGAGGGCCCCCUCGAGGAAGCAAUAGAAUCCCUGCCUUCGGAAAAAGAAUACUUAAUAGCGUAUCAAACCAAGUACUCUACAUCGAUGACUUAUCCUCGUAUGACAUUCUGCUGCUAGUGUCCUUAGUUACACAUUUGCAAAAUGAACAGAAGGAAAAUGAAAAGGAAGAAAGAAACUUAGAAAUAAUAGCCCACAUUGACGAAGUUCAAGUGAAUUCACAUUCGCUAAAAGAAAUCUUUGGAAUCUAUUUUAAAGAAAAAACUUAUCAAUGUUUUACGUGCGGAUUACGAUUCACCUCAAGCUUAGAGAAGCUUAACCAUUUGGAAAAUCAUUACCAAAAAUAUAAAUACUACACGAGUGUCGGGGGAGAAAAACCAGGUGCAAAUAGGAACAGGAAAAAAAUUAUUUAUCUCGAUCAUAUGAGUAUAUCUAUUGAGUUUUUUAUCUGUAAGGAGUACUCUAUUCUUGAGGAUGUAUAUGAAAAUAUGGUUACGAAAAAUUGUAACUCCUUUAAUUAUAAUGCCAAGUGGGAGAUGGACCGGAAGACUAUCCAUGUGCAGAGGAACUACCAAGGUGUGUAUGAUUCGGCCCUUUUGAAAAGUGCCAAGAGGGGAAAUCACCAGGCGAAUUUUGCAUCGCGUACAAUCGAUUUGACGGAUGAUGAGCAACCUGGUGAUGUCGGAAAUGCCUCUGGUGAGUAUGCCCCUGGUCUGUAUUCCUCUGGUUUGUAUGCCUCUGGGGGGUAUGCCUCGGGUGUGUAUUCCCCUGGCGUCUAUUCCUCUGGUCUGUAUGCCUCUGGGGGGGAUCCCAACUCGGUGCCCCACGCGAGGAAGGCAAACACCCUUGCGAAAAGUAAAAGAGAAAAACGCUCUGAAACGCUCGAUUUUUUCCUAUCCUCUGAGGGGGACAUACUCAAGGAAGCAGAAGAUGCCGUUUUCGACAAAAACGUACAGGACGUAUUCCAUUUUGGAAAAGAGUCUAACGAAAUGGAUAACUUCUUUUGGGCAAGGCAAAACAACGAGACGCAGAAUAGGAAAAAUGAGAAAAAAAAAAAAAACUUGUAUAAUGUAGAAAACGAUGAUAAUGACUCUUUCUCAGAUAAUGACAACAACGACAACAACAAGAACAAUAGGGGUAGUAACGACAGGGACGACGAUGAGGAGAUGAACUUUUUUGAUUUUAUUUAUGGAAAUCAAAAUACGUAUGAUGUCAACCUGUCAAGUUAUUACACCGUGACUGAAGACAACAAUGUGCACAUAAAUUACAUCGAUGGAGAAGUCAUGUUUAAAAAUAUCUUGAAGUGUUUAGAUAUAAAAGAUAUUAGAAGUUAUGUUUUUCCCUCGUGGAUCCCUCGAAGGAGCAUACACAAUUUUUUAGUCAGACCCGUUACAGAAAUGUAUGGGCAGCAAGUCACUAGUAGUAAUUCAUUUGCAAAUCUCGCAGUCACCAAAGGGAGAGGCAAUCUUUUUAUGAACGAGUACUCCCAGAAGGAUGCUUCCUUUGGAAACAAACUAGCCGUGCAUAGUAACGUCUGGAAUUUGUGCACAAGUGGGGAGUUUUAUCUAAGCAAGCAGCUGGUUCCCAUCAACGUUUUUUUUUCCCUCCCUGAGAUGGGUGGUCGGAACGGCAACCGGGGCGAAACUGAGAAGCGGGGUGAAACUGAGAAGCGGGGUGAAAUUACGACGCGGGGUGAAACUGAGAAGCGGGGUGAAACUGAGAAGCGGGGUGAAAUUACGACGCGGGGUGAAAUUACGAAGCGGGAUGAGACUACAAACCGGGGUGAAGACCACGAAGAGGGCUACUACUCAGGCGCGGGAGGUGGGAACGCCGAUCCAACGCGGGGAGAGUUCCAAAUGGAGGCGGCCAAUUGGGAAGCCCCUCUUCAGGAUGUGAGCAAAAGGGUCAGGGACGAGGAGGGAGAAGAACCGAUGAUGGGGAAGUCCAACCGAAUAGAUAAACUCAGUAAUAAACUCCACCUUUCGAAAGACGCCAUGGGGGGAGAAAACCUAAGCGCAUUAGAAAGCAGAGACAACCCCACGGACGAUUUCGCGGUUUGUCCCUAUGGUGCAGAUAGCGGAGCAGGUGAACAGCAAAAUAACGCCGAGGAGAUGAUAACACACUCCUUCCUGCACAUUUUCGACGAGAAAUACUUCGAACAGACGAGCGCCUUCAAGGAGACUUUUCUGUUUUACCUGAGGAGUAACUAUUUCGAAAUGAGCCAUAGCUUUAGCAACGACGUAAACUUGAACGAUAUAGAAGAGAGACUAUAUAAUUAUAUACAAAAUAAUUAUACACAGAAAAUGCCGAUAUUCGACACGAAUAAUUAUCAACCGAAUGAAUGCUUUCUGUGUAAAGAAAAACUUCUGUUCGAUUAUUCAUAUGAAUAUAAUGACUUUUACUACACGGAUGCUGUGGCCGUGGAUUUGAAUAACCUCCUCGAGGAUGAAGAGGACACAGACCAAACGGACACGUACAGCUUCAGUUUCAAUGCCAACAAGAUUGACGAACUGACCGAUAGGUGCAUUUAUAACGAUCCAAGUUACGACCUAUUGGACAACGGAAUUAGGGAAGCGGAAAUUUUUUUCCAAAAAAUGCAAAAUGGAGGCGCAUACUUCGACAACGGAGUGAUCCAAUUGGAGGAAGAAAAGAAUGCCACUACUACUGCAACUGAUGGCUACCUCGGGGAAAAGCACAAAACGGUUCACAGCUCAGUGCACAUGAAUGACCUCCUCCAAAAUGUAAAAAGAAUAAUUGCUCAAAAUUGUGUUCUGAAAAGAACCGUCAUCGAAUCAGCUUUAAAAUAUAAUUGCCAAAUGAAAAAUAUGAACAGGAAAAAAAAAAAGAAAAAAGAUGACCAUAUUCAGCAUUACAAUAAGUUAUUUAAAAAUUUCUGCAUUCCGUAUGAAACAGUAAGCAUUCUGCAUGACAUCCAUAAAGAAAAUAAAAACAGGAGCAGCGUCAGCCUUAAUAAUGUCUCCCAAUUUGAUAUUAACCAUGAAUAUGCAAAUGACGAAAUUGACGAUUUUGUGAAUUAUUUCGAACAUGUCACUCGACAGGUGACCAAUUCGCUGUUCAAAGAUAUCUACAAAGGUAAAAAAAUGGAGAAGCAUAUUUUUAGGCACAUGACAAAUUGCUACAUAGAUGACGAUAAUGAGAAAAAGGACAAUUUUACUCAUAUCUAUUUCCCCUCCAAAAAUUAUUUACACACAAACUUCACUUAUUUUCACCAUCAGUGUUUUAAAAAUUAUGUGUACUAUUUUAUUUUCCCAUACUACUUCUUAACCAAGUUGGAUGAUCACCUUUUUAAGAAAAUUGUCAUAUCUGCUGUGAGGCAUUUUUUCAAGGCAUACCAUCGUAUUUCUAAGCUUAGCAUUUCUGAGCUAAAGCACGCGGAGGGCAGCCGUCCUUGUGAAAAGAAAAGGCCAACUCCCAAGGCGGGGCAUCUCCAGCGUAGGAGGCACUUUUAG